UCCUAAUUGUUUCAGUGGUUAUGAUUCUCCAGGUGAUUAGUGCUAUGAAAGCCCAACCAAAUAUCCUUGAAAAUUUACCAGCGGUGGUGUCUCAUUUCCUCAGCAUUGUCCAUACCAUGCAUCAACGUUGCAGCUCCUCAUUAGAGAUAAUUCAUCCAUCAAGAGAGUCCAACACAGCACCACUUAUGGCUCUUUUACGCAGAGAAGUAUUGUUUUCUUCUGAAGGUCGUGAAUAUCAUGGAUGUAGUCAACUUCAUGAAGAUUUCUUAGAGGUUAUGGACUUCAUAAAUGAUGCAAUUGCAUCAAUGGAUGCUUUUAUUAAUGCAUACAAACAAGCUGCAGUGUACUUCUGUUGUCCUGUUGAAACAAGUUAUGGGAAUGAAGAAUUACUUGGUACCCUGGCAAGACUGCAUGAUUCAUUGCUGCCAUCUUUACAAAGAGGCUUUGAACAAAUUUUAACAGCACAAACAGAUGGGUUUCAGAACUCAUUGGGUGAAUCACUUCCAAAUAUUGAUACCAGCCUCAAGAUGUUGUCAAUGAGAAUAGUUAAAUUUGGUUGGAAAUUACUGGAACUAUGCUAUCUAAGUGAUGGAGCUUUUGAAGGAAGCCACUCCUUCGUAACUUGCGCAAAGAUGUUCCCUGCCAAGGUUGAGGAUGCAGUAAUAAGGGGAGACAUUUUGGUUCAAGCUUUUAGGGAGCUCAGUCUAGGAGUUUCACAUAAUGUUCAAGAGACCCAAAAGAGUAGAUCAUUCCUUCAAAAAAUUGAAAGAAAUUACAGUUUAUUGGCCAGAGUUUACAGUCUAUGUGAUAAUGGAUGGAUAUCCAUGGAUGGUGAACAGCUUCAGUAUUUAUCUUGUAUUUUGGUGUCCCACUUUUUGAAGGCAACAAAUAAGGUACCAAAUGUGCCAUCAACUAGCAAGUUGCAGAUGGAUGAAGAUGCUGCUAUAACAGAAUCCAAGAUCAGUCAAAUAAAAGACCUUUUCCCUGAUUAUGGUAAAGGGUUCCUUUCUGCAUGUCUUGAAGUCUAUAACCAGAACCCAGAAGAGGUGAUUCAGAGGAUUCUUGAUGGGACUCUACAUGAAGAUUUACUAUCCUUAGACGUUUCUCUUGAGAAGAUUCCACCACCCAAGUCCGUGUCAUCUUUGAGCAGGGAUGCUAAAGGUAAAGGGGCAUUAAUGGAACCUCCAGCACUAGCUUUUACCAAUGUGGUUGCUGCGGUGAAAGACUGGCAAACUAAUGCCCCUUCAUCUUCGUCUUCGACUGGGCGGUUCACAAGGAAGUCCAAAGUUGGCGUGCCUGAAACUGAAAUCCUAGACUCUGGAUCCAAGGAGUCGAUGAAAACUGCAAUUCUUGCUUCACAAUAUGAGUAUGAAGAUGAAUAUGAUGAUUCAUUUGAUGAUCUUGGUAUGAGUCUUGUGGAAUCAGGAUUUGAGGAGACAGAGACAUUAGGAGACAGAAUCAACUCAACUCCCGGGAAAUCAUGGGGGGCUGAAACUGAAGAUUCCAACCCAAAUACUUCUGGUUCGAGAUGGAAUUCUCGAAAGAAGCCCCAGUUCUAUGUCAAGGAUGGUAAGAAUUACAGUUACAAAGUUUCAGGUUCAGUUGCUGUUUCAAGUUCACAGGAAGCAGCAUUAGUCAAUCAGGCACAGAAAGAAUUGAUUCAUGGCCUCGGGCGUGGUGGGAAUUUACCCAUUGGGGCUGUUAAGAAGCUGAUUGGGUCCAACGAGCAGCAGGAUCAUCAGUCCUCUAAUGUUACUGAGACAGAAAGGAGAGAGAAUAUACCGAACUCCAGGGGUAGGGGAAGGAGAGGAGGUGGUGGCAAUCAUCACAGGAAGGACCGAGCAAUGAAAAAACACUUUGCAGGAUCGAGUGGUUAUUAAGUACAUAUGGAGAAUGUACACUUAUUGUGUUCAAAUUUAUUGUUUUUACCUUAAUCAAUUUCAUCAAGUGGGGUUUUCUUGGGAUUUGAACUGUAUAGCCUAUUACUCUGCCAUCUGGAUGCGGCCAAAGUUUUGUUGGGCCUGCCAUUUUUUGAAUUUGUGGCAGUUGAUAGUUUACUACUAUUAUCGUGAUUGAAGUAGAAUGUUUUUGAAUGCUGUUGUUGUUUCUA